CUGAAACUCAACCUGGCAUAUUUCUUACUGUAGCUAAUCCAUAUACAUGUUUACUCGUUCUUGGAUUUCAAAAUGAUAGUAAUACUCUUGUUGCUUACUUACCAAAUGCAACUGCAACAGGAGAUAGUGUAAAUAUUAUAGGACCACAAAUGCCAAGUAAUGCAUGGGUACAUGUAGCAUUUACGUGGAGUACUGAAAAUCGAGCUAAACUUUAUACAUCAUCUUAUCUUCAAGGUGCUAGUGGCGAAGCAAGUAUACUUAAUAAUGCUCGUGGUGAUCAUAAUAGUUCUCCAAUGACAAUAACACUUGGUAAAUAUAAUGGUGCAGCAAAUUGUGAAGGUAUUCAAGGAAUUUCUACAUCACAAACAUUUAUGGGUUCAUUGGAUGAAAUGUUUGUAUUUGCACGUGAACUGCAAGAGAGUGAAUUGAUCAAAUUAGCCAACCAACCUAGACGUAUUGAGCGUGCUGUAGUUCCUAGAACUAAAAAUCAAUUGACAUAUUAUAGUUGA